UUGACAGAGCUGGGAUAGCGGCUGUACUUGUCAGGCCGUAGCGGGUUGGCAGUGGUGUAGAGGUCUAAAGGGACAAAAAAGAUUGAGAGAAAGAGAGCUUCGGUGAUGACACCUGCAUCAGGAAACUGUGUCUCCCCCCUGGCGGCUGUCAUGGCCGUGCUGACCUGCGCGUUGCUACGGGGGGCUCGGGCCGGAGUGGUGGGGGACUUCAACCAUGUGGAGCGCUGUAAGGACUCCCUCUACAUGGGCACCCCGCCCAGAGGCUACCUCAGCAACUCCUUCACCAAGAUCUGCCAGAGGUAUGAGGACAAACCCCGCUACGUCACCCUGUACGACCCCCACAGACACAUCCCCAUCUAUUCUGCCUAUACAUUCAAGAAGUCAGACGGGGAGAAGAAGGUGGACUUCCCCUGGAUGUUUGAGCCCCAGCUGGCCUCAGAGAAGAGCAGCAGUAACAUGGAGUCCUUCCCCCAAUCUUCAAGCAUGCACAUGAACUUCGAGGACACCCAGGCAGUCCUGGAGGACUACGCUGAUGUGGUUCAGUACGAACGUGGCCAGCUGAACCCUGACGAGCAUCAGGCUGACCCUCUGGACAAAGCCUCCACCUACAGCCUGACCAACGUGGUGCCCCAGAUCAGGGAGUUCAACAUAGGGCCCUGGGCCGAACACCAGGACCUCAUCCGCAAACGUCUCAACAACUACUGCCGAGGCAAAGCCUUUGUGGUCACCGGGGUCACCACCUCCGGGCACACGAUCCGUCGCAACAACCUGGACAGGGUGGCCGUACCGGAGUACGUGUGGUCGGCCUACUGCUGCGUGGAGUUUGACCAAAACGCACCGUACUUCGUGCGCUACAAGUUCCCCGUGUUCGCAGCUUACGGGCUGAACGAUCGCGUCAACAACCACAUGGUGGAAGUUCCUCUCAAGAACCUGGAGAAAUUUCUCAAGGGGAGGAUGGAUGUGGAUAAGAACUUCCAGAUAUUCUACAGUGAUUGUGUGCCAGAUAACUGAGAUGAAGUGAUCUUUGUUGUAAUUCAAGUUUAAAGUAUGUUAGAAAUGUACUUUAGCACUGCGGAGAGGUACAGGGUUCUUACACUCAAAGCAUACAUGGAUCUAAGAUGUGUUGUCAAAUCUAAAUAUAUA